AUGUCUGCUUCUCCGUUGAUUAAAGUUGCUAGUUCAGCCUUUACAAACGGAUCAGCAUUGACAUUCAAAAAGAAGAAUCUGUCUAACUCUUAAACACAGAACUUUAUGGUUGGUAACUCUCCACUCAAAUCUCUUGAUGAGAAUGAGCAAUCGCCUUCAAAAUUAAUCAACAUCUACUCUGAUAGUGCAUUAUUUAAUGUGGGAAAUUCUUACUCAACUGUAAAAAAUGCUCCAAUUAUAGAAGAGGAGAAGACACAUAAAACUUACACCUAUAGUUAAAUGCCUCCCGAAGAAGCAGAGAAAGCAUAUUGUGAAAGAUAAAAAAUAAUAAAGGAAUAAAUAAAGAGAAGCAAAAACAGUGGAAAAUUUAAAGCUAAAAAGAGGGUUGAUACAAAUAAAUCUACUUUGAAAAGUGCCUUAAAGAAAUAAUAAUUAGACUAUUCAACUGCUUAAUCUUAAUAGAUAGAUAUUUCAAGAACAUCCCAAACAUUUAGAAGAAAGUCAAUAGAUUAGCCAAUACAGACUGUCCCUAAGCCUCAUCCGAAAGUAAAUAAAAUAAUUGAAAAUAAUAAUUCCAAUAAGAGUACCAAAUAAUCCUAACUAAAUAGUUCAGAUUUCCUCUAGCAAUCCUUUCAUUAGUAAUUGUAAAGCAAAAAGUAGUAGUUGCUGACUGAAAUUGCUUAAUUAGAUAAAGAAAUAGUAAGAGAGAAAGAGAAAAAGUAAUAAUCUCUAGUAUAAUCAAUUAAUAUUUCCCCCAGAGGUUAGAAAAUGAAAUAAAAUCCUACCUAAAAAGAUGAUCUGAAAUCUACAUAUGAGAAAAGACAAUAGAUGAAAAAGGUAGCAGAUAAAGAGAAGUAACGUAAGGAGAUGGAAUAAUGCACUUUCAAGCCAUAACUUAAUAGCAAUACAAGCAGAAAAUUGAAUACUUCCUAAAGUUCAAAGUUUACUCCUUUGACUUCACCAAAGUAGACCAAAGUCACUCAUCCAAUCAAGGUGCCCACUCGAUCUUAAUCGCAGGAGGAGAGGGUUGUCAAGAAGGACGGAUUGCAGAAUUCAAAGGAGGAUUUAAAUUGUAAGGAAUUCGUAUUAAUAGUAGAACGGUUACAACGAAUGAAUGAGAAAUAUAACAUGAUAUUGGAACAAUCAAAUAAAAUUAGAAACCAGUUAAAACAAAUCUGA